GUUGUCAUGGAAACACUGGUUGAGCGUCUGGAGCAGGCAGUGAUUCGUCUGGAGGCGGUGGCGAUCAAACUGCAGAACUGUCCUGAGGGUUUGGUCAACGGGGACAUCAGCAGCAUGAUCAACGGAGGUGAAUCCGAAAGCAUGGAGGCGUUCGACCAUUUGCUGAGUGGUUCAGUGUCUGAAUAUUUGAGGACCAGCACAGCUAUUGGUGGAGAUGUGGCAAAGCAUGCAGAGAUGGUGAACAUUGCCCUGCAGGUCCAGCGUGCUUUCCUCAAAAUGGUCAUGACACACCAGGAGCCAGCAAAGGCAGAGAUGGUGAACAUUGCCCUGCAGGUCCAGCGUGCUUUCCUCAAAAUGGCCAUGACACACCAGGAGCCAGCAAAGACAGAGAUGGCUGACCUCCUCAGACCCCUCUCCGACCAGAUCCAGGAGGUCCAGUAUUUCCGGGAGAAGAACCGUGGCAGCAGCCUGUUCAACCACCUGUCUGCCGUGAGCGAAAGCAUCCCCGCUCUGGGCUGGGUGGCCGUGUGUCAGAAACCAGGGCCGUAUGUGAAGGAGAUGAACGAUGCUGCAAUGUUCUACACAAACAGAGUCCUGAAAGAUUACAAAGACACAGACCCCCGUCAUGUUGAGUGGGUGCGUUCCUAUCUGAACAUCUGGACUGAACUUCAGACCUACAUUAAGGAGCACCACACCACUGGACUCGCCUGGAGCAAAACUGGUCCUGUAGCCCCUCCCUCGCUGUUCGGUGCUCCUUCUGAUGGUACUUGCCCUCGUCCUCCCCCUCCUCCUCCUCCUCCACCACCAGGUCCUCCUCCAGUGUUCAUGGAUAACAGCCCUAAAUCCGACGACACAGCAGCCCAGCACUCAGCUCUGUUUGCACAGCUCAACCAGGGAGAGGCCAUCACUAAAGGUUUAAAGCAUGUGUCUGACAAGCAGAAGACCCAUAAGAACCCUAACUUGCGCUCUCAGGGAGGGAGGACACACCAGGGAUCUCCAGCCAAAUGUCAGAACCCCAGCUCGUCUGCCUGUGCACCUGCCAAGAAACAUUCCCCCGUGCUGGAGCUGGAAGGAAAGAAGUGGAGGGUGGAGCAUCAGGAGCAGUCUCAUGACCUGGUGAUAGAGGAGACCGAGCUCAGACAGGUGGUUUAUGUCUUUAGCUGUAGCAACUCCACACUCCAGAUCAAAGGCAAAGUCAACUCCAUCAUAGUGGAUAAUUGUAAGAAGCUCGGACUCGUGUUUGACAAUGUGGUUGGCAUCGUUGAGAUCAUCAACUCCAGAGACAUUCAACUUCAGGUAAUGGGAAAAGUUCCUAUUAUUUCCAUUAACAAGACUGAGGGGUGCCAUGUCUACUUGAGCAAGGAUUCACUUGACUGUGAGAUUGUCAGUGCCAAGAGCUCUGAGAUGAACGUCCUUGUUCCUGAGGGAGAAGAUGAUUAUAGGGAGUUUCCAAUCCCAGAGCAGUUUAAAACGGUUUGGGACGGCUCCAGCCUGGUGACAGAGCCCACAAAGAUCGCUGGUUGAUUCCUUUUCCAGCUCGUCAUCUCUUUCCUCCUACCCAGAAUUCUUCAUGCACUUUCAUUGUACCACACUGUUAGCGGAGACGGAAUAAUGAAUACAUUGUGGUUGUGAGAGUUGUAGUUUAAGGCUCGUAAAAUUCUAAUUAAGUGCAAAAUAUGGACAAACAAGUGUUAUUUCACCACACAAGUUAUGAAACCUUUGAACAAAUCUCUGUUGGAUAUUUUCCCCCUUAAUUUUAGCAGCAAUAAAAUACAUAAUUAUACAUUUAAAAAAAUACACAGGAUGACACCAUUAUGUGUGAAUAUG